CAGCUCCAGAGAACAGAAUUGCGUCGGACCGACAGCAACGGUCCCAACGAGUUUCCCCCCAAAACGGUCGUAGGCUACAGUUUCAUUCACGAUUUUUUACUUGUGGAUUGUUUCGGUUCAACGUUCAUUCUCAAGUCAAUUAAUCCUCAGUCAUCAAAGUUAUUCGCCCCGUUUUUAUCAGCAUCAACAGAAGAUCCGUCUUUUUUUCCCACGCAAACUUUAGAUCGGAUCAUCAUGCAGUUGUGGCAGUGCCCGUUAUUGCUGAUGGUUUCGCUGAUCGCAGCCAUCAACACACAACAGACGCCGUCACAGCAACGGUUCGAACCCAAUCAAGUGGCCGAGCUUGUGGAGCUCCAUCAGCAAUUGGGACCGUCUCGGGAACAGCAGGAACAGCCGGCUCAAGCUGAUAAUAAGGACCAUCAACUGGCAGCGUCGCCAGCCGCUUUGCUGCAGCUGACACCAAGCGAUUGGCGGAGCUCUGAGGACAAAAGAAACUGGAACCGGAUGCAGGGAAUGUGGGGCAAACGGAGCCAGCAACAGUCAGACGAAUCGGCUACCUUACACGACAUGACUCCGCAACGGAUGGUGAAACGGGCUUGGUCGGAUUUAUCGCAACAAGGAUGGGGCAAAAGGAGCUGGACCCAAUUGCACGGCGUGUGGGGCAAACGCCGAUGGGACCAACUGCACGGCGCCUGGGGUAAGCGGACCGUUGACGGACAAGUCGACAGCCAAGAGGAUCAAUCAGCGGAGACGGAACGCGAGGACGUGAGCGAUUCGGACGAGUUGGAGACCAGCAAACGCUCCGGUUGGAAUAAAAUGCAAGGUGUUUGGGGCAAACGAAGCGAUACUCCAAAUCUGGAUGGCAUUGGCAACAACGACUUACUUCUCAUGCUCUCCGGAGACCAACUCUACCUGAAAGAUGACGAUCAACCGACGGCCAAACUCGUCGAGGAUGAUGAAAAUGGAGAAUCAACGAACAAAAGAGCCUGGAAUCAGAUGCAGGGUGUCUGGGGUAAACGAGCACUUUCAGCCAUGGCUGCCGGAUAUAAGCGGAACUGGAAUAAUCUGCGCGGAGCUUGGGGCAAGCGUGAAAUACCUGCCGCCGUCGCAAAAGGUAUGGAAUGGUCACGAAAACGUGAAUCUGGCUGGAAUAAUCUGAAAGGUCUCUGGGGGUGAAAACGGAAAAAAAAAGAAGAUCGCGACUUCUCCCCCGCUUUUCCGUUUGAAUCGCUAAUUUUCUCCCUUGUGCCGGCCGUGUCCACAUUUUUAGAAAAUUCCAAACGCCGCAGCAUCGUUCGACAGACUGAAAAAUAGCGCAUUCGAUAUAUUUAUAUGAUUUUAGCUCUUUUGAUUUCUAUGGUUCAUUCUAUCCCAUUGAUCGUUUUUUUUUUGUUUAACGAUACAAUUAUAUACAAGACAUCAAAACAAAAACGCAUCCUUAAACGCGGACUAUUAAAUUCCAAUUCCUAUCCAAAAUCCAACAAACUCAGAAAUAUUUAUACAAACGAUACACAAAAAAGUAAAAAGACAUGAUGUACCUGUUUAAACAGCAGGUGCAUGUUACAUAUUGGUUAUUGUUAUAGUGGCAAAUCUAUCCUCGAAUUUGUUUUGAUGUAUUUAACAAACAUAAUAUUUGAGAACAGAUGAAAAACGAUAUCAACAUAGUCGCGAUUUUGCCAUACAAUGAUUGCCAGUUAUACUGAUGUAGUGUUGCAAACGACGACUCCUAUUACAGAGAAACAAAAGAAAUAUGAAUGUAUACAUUAUUAUAUUUAUUACUGACAGUACAUCACGAGCAUUGAGGACAAUUGUAUCAAUUUUUAUUUUCAAUCGGUUGUUUUUUUUUUCCAAUUUAAUUGUUUGUUAUGUAUUUUGACUCUUUUCUUUUGUCUCGCUUUGGCUAUUUUUGAGAAGCACACGGAUAAAAUUGCUUGGCUCUAGUAUAGUUGUCUAUGACCUUUUUGUUCAUCAUGUGUCCCUUACGAAACAGCAUAAACGGGGCUUUGCAAAAACACGACGUCAGCGAGGAGUAGCGAACAAUAUUUGUGUGAGAGAAUCUAUAUAGAAGACGAUAUGUCCAAGAUCAAAUACAAAAUAAGGAUCGUA